AUGGGGAGCUCUCUCGUCCAGACUGCCGUCGUGGGAAACAACAAUGGCAGCGUCGAACUCUCCCACUCGGCGCCCAGGCCCGUAGCAAAGGGCGACCUUGUCAUUAUUCGGAACAUGGCUGUCUCUGUGAACCCUGUCGAUACCAAAAUGCAAGGACCCUACGUGACACCAGGAGCGAUUGGAGGCUGCGACUUUGCCGGCAUUGUCGAGGAGGCCGGGCCGGACGCGGCCAAGUACAACAUCAAGGUGGGCGACCGCGUCUGUGCCGCUAUCAUGGGGAUGAACCCUCUUGAGCCGAUGCAUGGGGCCUUCUCGGAGCAUGUCGGCGCCCACGCCUUUGCCCUGGUCAAGAUUCCGGAUGCCGUGACCUUCGAGAGCGCCGCUGCCUUGUGCACUAGCUUUAUGACCUGCGGCCUGGCGCUCUUCAAAAGCCUCCAACUGCCAAGCGACCCCUUGUCGCCGACCGAAAAGCCUAUCCCCGUGUUGGUCUACGGCGGCGCCAGUGCCUCGGGGACUGCUGCCAUCCAGCUGCUCCGCCUGGCGGGAUAUCGGCCCAUCGUGACCUGCUCGCCGCACAGCUAUGAGAUGGUCAAGUCGUACGGCGCCGAAGCCACAUUCGACUAUCACGGCCCCGACUGCGCCGCGCAGAUCCGCGCAUAUACCAAGAAUGGGCUGCGCUAUGCACUUGACUGUAUUUCGACGGUACAGAGCAUGCAGAUCUGCUAUGCCGCGCUUGGGCGGGCCGGUGGCAGGUACACGGCUCUGGACCCCUAUCCCACGGCCGUGGCUGCGACCCGCAAGAUUGUCAAGGCCGACUGGGUCAUUGGGCCAGCCAUGCUGGGUUUGGACAUUGGGUGGCCGGCACCGCAUGGCCGCAAGGCAGAUGCAGACAUGUUUGACUUUGGCCAGCGCUGGAAGGCAACGGUGCAGCAGCUGUUGGACAAGGGUCUCAUCCGCACGCAUCCCCUCCUCGUGCAAUCUGGUGCCCUGGAAAAGGUCAUAGAGAGCAUGCAGGCCAUCACGAUGAAGAAGGUUUCGGGGAAGAAGCUGGUCUGCAAGAUGUCAGAGUGA